GUCAUAAACAUCAGUUUUUCAGAUUGGGCUGUUUUCUGGCUGACAUUUCUAAAAGAGGAAUUAGUAUGAGACUGAGAUGUUUAGCAUGUAUAGCACUUUUUGUGUGUUUGUGAAUGUGGGUAGACUACCAUUAUUCAACAAAGACAAGGUAAAAAGGGUUUUUCAUUCUCUGUCCCCUUUAAAACUGCAUACACAGCAAAAAUUGGAGAGUUGAAAUUUCGGUGUUAAACAUUUCUGAGUUGAUUUUAACACCCAAAGAGUAAUUUUAACACAUUCAGAGUAAAAUAGUGUUUGGUGUUGGAGUUAUUUCACAGAGUUGAUCAUCAGUGUUAAAAAAAACUCCAAACAGACGUAAUUAGACUCCACCCACGCAUUUCCGAUCGUCCCUGGUGAAAUCGAUGAAGACGCCGCCAUUAUCCUCGUGUGGCUUUGAAAGGUGAGUUAACUUAAAUCAUACUUUUACAUUUAUUAUUGGUGCUCAUUCAGUAGCAGAAUGUACAAUAUAACGUGGAGCACUGCGCAAAAACAUUAUUUGUGGAAAUGAACGCAAACACACAGCCUAAGGCCGUUUCACACGGUACGCGGCAAAACCGCCGAGCGGCUUCAGCUUUUCUCUUCAAUUAGAAGCGUUUUGCGCAGCAUUUAGUGCAAAUUUCAGUAUCUUCAACGGCGCCUGCCAUGAAGUGCCGUGUCCUUAAAAGGAAUAGGAUUUUGGGUGCAGGAGCAAGGCGUGUGGACCAACUCCGCUUCACUUCUGUAACCGCCCCCGUUUUCCCGCUUUCCGCAUGUCUCCUAUUGAAAAAGAACUAAACACUUGCGGUUCCCGCGUACCGUGUGAAACGGCAUUCAGUUAUACGUUACAUUAACGUACAUCGUGGUGCCAAUAGUUUACUGCGCUCGUGCGUUUCGAUUUAACUAAAACAAGGAAUCACAUUAUUACAGAGUGGCCUCGAAUUAAUUAAAAUGAUUUACCGAAUUUAUUAAAACGGUCUUUCACAAAGCCUAUAAUAUACUGUAUACAUCGCGUCGUUUUAAAACAUAUACACGGUGCAGUCUACGGUCACGUCUGCAACGUGAAUUCUCCACAUCUGUAAAUUGUGAUAUUACAACGUGCAUCCAUCCAUACAGCUGUUUUUUUUACAACGAUUUACAAUGGCAAAUGAUUUUGCAUGUUCCAGGUGAAAUGUUGGUCCAGAUCAAGUACAAGCAACAGCAGAAGUAUGUGAAGCUGGAUUCCAUUGAAGGGAGAUUUGACUUUAUGCAAUUUCACGCUAAAGUCAUUGAGAGAUUUUACUUGCCACCUGAUGCAAAAGUUACAUACAAGGAUGCAACAGGGACCGAAGUUGAUGCAGAAAUAUUCAGCGAUCUCAUUGGACAAGGCAAUGUGGUGCUGACUGUUUUCUCAAAUGAUGAAUUUUCAGACUCUUUGUCUUCCAUAUCUGAGACGUCUGACAGUAGCAACUGUUCAAGUGCAUCAACUGUAAUCUUAGAUGAGGUCCCUAACAAGAGACAAAGAAAAGAGGACACAUCUGCACUGUCUGCAAAACAGUUGGUCGAGGAUGUUCUAAAGUUGAAGUCUGGUGGUGAAGCAGUAUUACAGGAGUAUCAAGAAACGGAAACCCUUAAAGGUGCCGCAAGACGACAAAUGAUCAACAUACUGGUGGCUCACAUGAUUGAUACACAUGGGCAACUCCCUACUAAAGCUAUCAGAGAACAGUACGCUCUUGGCAUAGUGAUGCUGUUCCCUUCCCUCAGAGAUCCAUAUUCCAAGAAAGGCUAUGAACACUUUUUUGAUGCUGCAAGCAACACAGGAUACAUUGCUUGGCGUAUGAAAACAGUCCACAGGAAGAUUAGACGAGGAUCUUUGCCACUAGACAACCUUCAUGAUGUUUCUCCAGGAGGCCCAAAAUGCCAAAGGGCCACUAAUUGUGAAGGGCAACUUGAUGGGGAUGCUUGCAAAGAGGCAAUUUCUUUGCUCAGCCAUACCACAGAGAAGUCCCUAAUAUUCCAAAAGAUGAGAGAGACAUUUCAGUAUCGCCAAAAGCUUGUUAAAGAUUCAGGCUCUAGUGUUGAUAUCCUCUCCACCUUCUCAAGAUUCCUAGAUACAAAGGGCCUGGUUGAUCAAGACUUCACUCUCCUGUUUGACACGGAGACAUCCUCCAGGCUACUUCAGAAGUGGGACACGUUCUUCAGGCCAAAUGUCAUUAAAGAAGCCAAGCAACUUACUUCAACAGCAGACCUGAGUCAGUUGUUGCUCUCAGCAGAAUGUCCUAACAGUAGUGACCUUCAUGAAACAAUCUACGAUCAGGAAAUGGCAUCCCUUCUUCUACUGAUUCAUCUCCUUCCACCAUCACCAGGAGGACUGAAGUCUCCAAGAAUCAGUGCAUGUGAUGCUGCUAAAAGACUUGUAGUCUUUCAUAAGUCAUGCUGCAGUUUGGAGGAGCACCUCAACAACAACCAGCGUCAGCAUCCGUACCUCCUUGCUGUUGGACGCCAGAAAAGCAAGAUUGAGUGCUUCUACAUCGUCUUGGAUAAGCAUCUCAUCCCAUGCCAGGCAAACCGCUCCCUUGGAGCUUUUGAUGAACUUUUCAAGGCACAUUUUGUGUUCAAUUUGUGCUAUGAUAGUGCACUUAUGAACUUUUACACAUUCCUGCAGACAACAGUGUAUAACAUUGAUAUAGGUCAGAUGAAGGAGUCUCCCAGGGUUAGAGAUUUGAGAGCCAGACUGCUUAACCAGACAGUUACCUUAACUUAAAGCCGUGCAGUAUGAUGUUGACAUAAUGCUGAUCUGUUUUAUUUGUCAAAAAGAGCACCCAGACAGUCAACGGUUGAUUUCACAUUUGAGAGGUGAACAUAGUUAUUAUCCUGGAUAUAAGUUCAAAUUAAUUUGUUCUCAGCAAGGUUGUAGGCAUCAGUUCCAAACAUAU